AUGGCUAUCCUUUGCAUUCUGCAGAGGCCGAAAGAGGGCCCGGAGAACCCGCGUCUCCUUUCCGGUAUUUUCGAGGGUGGAACCGAUCGAGGCGUCAGCGCACGCGAGAGGAUGCCGCGACGGACUUCUAGGCUAGGUAGAUCCAAACACGCCUUCGGGACGAAGAGGCUCAUUGUGGGCCAUCGGAUGCCCAUUGACGCGGCCGGGAACGUUGUCGGAAAGCUUGGGUUUGGUUCGGGCGCAGUGAAUGUGUUCGGUUGUGGGGAGGGAUUGCGAUGUUACGGGAGCGAGCUUUACGGGUGGCUCUCGUUGACGGGCUUGGGGUAUUUGCCGGUUUGA